AUGAGGGCGGAAGCUCCGCCGCGCACGGGCGGGGUUAUAUCUUGUCCCGUCCAACGAGGGGCGAGAGAAGGAAGGGGGCAGCGCAAGCUCCCGCCCCGGAGAUGCUUGGGCGCAGAUAAGAUGAGACAUGACCCUUGGGAAUUACGACAAAAUGGUCGAGGCGAGGCCGGCGGCCCAAUUGGCGCGGGCGAGAUUCAGAUGAUGCGGCACAUGCAACCGUCUGGUCAUCCGCAGCCAACCCAGCCAACCCGACCAACCCGACCUUCGGAGGCCAGCCUGCCACUGCACAGAUGCACAGACGAACGCCUGCAGGGCGGUCGGCCCCCGCCGCCCAAUCACGCCCACGGUUAUCGUCAUGGAGCGGCAGAAAAACCGUGGGGUAGGCCAAUUUUCCCAUGCACAACCCGCCGCAGAGGUCGUCGCUAUACUACAGUAUCCACACACGACCAGCUCUGCCAACCUUCCGCCACGCCGCGGCAGACGCUGUGA